AUGGAUCAGGCAAAGUUGGCUAAGAUGCAGGCUAGCGUGCGGAUUGGUACAGGCAAGGGUACUCCCCGCCGCAAGGUCAAGAAGGUCCACAAGUCCUCCGGUGCCGAUGACAAGAAGCUCCAGGCCACCCUGAAGAAGAUGAACGUCCAGCCCAUCCAGGCCAUUGAGGAGGUCAACAUGUUCAAGGAGGACGGAAACGUCAUCCACUUCGGUGCCCCCAAGGUCCACGCCUCCGUCCCCUCCAACACCUUCGCCCUCUACGGCAACGGCGAGGAGAAGGAACUCACCGAGCUCGUCCCCGGUAUCCUGAACCAGCUCGGCCCCGACAGCCUUGCCUCCCUCCGCAAGCUCGCCGAGAGCUACCAGAACAUGCAGAAGAACCAGGCCGGCGCUGACGGCAAGAAGGACGACGAUGAGGACGACAUCCCCGACCUCGUUGAGGGCGAGAACUUCGAGAGCAACGUUGAGUAAAUUCAAACAACCCCCCAAUGACGUCUUUUCUCACCCGGGAUUUGGAUUGGAAAUGAACACGGUGUGUCCCGGGACCCAUGAAUGAAAUUCCACGGCUUGUGCUCUUGUUGCGCUGGCGGAGUUUUGUCUUGUGUUUGUGAUAUCUUAGGUUGAUUUGAGAGGAUUGAAUCAAUAAAAUAUGAAUCUUUUUUUUUUCUUCAUUGUGUUGGGGUGGAUGGUGGGGAUACUGUUUGGGAUGGGUUUGGGAGUGAAUUUGAGGGAAUUGGGCUGUUUAUGGGAUUUGGGGUGUCAAGAAGAAUGUUGUUUGGGGUUUGGAUAAGUAACUGGGGAAUGGGGCGUAUUACGAUGGUGUCACCUUUGUUAGUGGCCUAGAAUGUAGACUCGAUCGAACGGCUCAUGACGAGGUAGACUAGAGGCUCUAAUUGGUAACCAGAGACUCUGAUUGGUACUAGAGGGUAGUAAUCUAGCAACG